GGGAACGAAGCAGCUCGUCAGAGGAGUGGUCGGAGGGAUCGCCUGACCGAGAUCGCCGCAUGCCGCCGCCGCGGGAAGGGAGGUCGGCUGGGCGAAGGGAGCGAUCCCCGUCUCCCGCAGGACGAAGAGCAGAGCGGAGGCCCUACCGGGAGGAAUACUCGCGCAGCGAGGAAGGACGGAAGGGCUCCGGAAGAAAGGAUGUCGCUGCCGUAGACCGGGAGGACAACAGGAGUGCAGCCUACCCGACUGGAAGGGAUUCCAGGAAGGAAAGCGGGAAGGCGGCCACAAGGACCCGGGCCCCUACUCCCGCCGCACCGAGGCGAAGGGGGGAGGAGGAGGAGCCGAGCCGACCCGUGAGAGGGCGGCAAGACGGCCAACCAUCCCCAGGGCCCCGGGAAGACCGUGGAGAGGUAUCCGGACUAACCUGCUGGAACUGCGGGAAGAUCGGGCAUCGCCACGGAGAUUGCACCGCCCCGAGGAGACGGUUUUGUUUCAGAUGUGGACUCCCGAGAGUGUGGGUGGAAUCCUGCACCCGGUGUAACCGUGACGGGGCGGGAAACGACAGACGGAGGGCGCAGUAGGAGCAUGCGGCCCUUCGAGAACCGUGGC